UCCUCCCCCACUAUAAAUCUCUUCUCAACGUGGUGGCUAACCCACAGCUAAAUUACACAUCCCAUCUCUCAUCCCUUCUUAAUCUCCCACUACAUAACUUCAGCACACUUCUGCUUUGAGUUAUGCAGAUCUUGGGCUUUAGUUCUGCAAACUUACAAUUUCAUAGCUUCAUUUUUGCGAUUGCUAUUGCAUCGUGCCUUGUACGAGUCUCCUCAUCAUCAAAUGAAACCGACAAAUCCGCAUUGCUUGCAUUCAAGGCUGGGAUAACUGAGGAUCCCUUCGGGGUGCUUAGCUCCUGGAAUAAUACCGUCAACCUUUGCCAAUGGUAUGGCGUCACAUGCAGUCGUCGGCACCCCAACAAAGUCACCGUGUUGGCCCUAUAUUCCCAGAAACUCUCAGGGUCUAUCUCCCCUCAUAUUGGGAACCUUAGCUUCUUAAGGGUAUUGUUGCUCUAUAAUAAUAGCUUUUACCAUGAAAUUCCUCCGCAAAUCGGGUAGUUGCACCGGUUACGCAACUUGUCGCUAGCUGCUAAUUCUCUCUCGGGUGAAAUCCCCAAGAACAUAUUAGGUUGCCUCGACCUCCUCCUUGUCAGAUUGUCUAGAAACCAAUUGAGUGGAGAAGUGCCUCUAGAAAUAGGUUCUUUGGCGAAGCUUCGCUUUCUUCAUGGAAUAGCAAAUAAUCUAAGAGGAAGUAUCCCUUCUUCAAUUGGCAACUUAUCAUCAUUGGAGCAGGUUCAUCUUUGCCGGAAUUACUUAGGCGGGAGUCUUCCUCGGGCUCUAGGCCAAUUGACCAAACUAUCGACACUUGCUUUGGUACAGAACAGGUUGUCUGGUACGGUUCCACCUUCCCUCUUCAAUUUAUCUUCGUUGGAAGUAUUUGAUGUAGGUUAUAACCAAUUACAUGGAAGUCUUCCCACUAUAAUAGGCUUUGGUCUCCCCAACUUACAAUUUUUCAGCAUUGCCUCAAACCAAUUUGUUGGCUCAAUCCCCCCGUGGAUACCUAAUAAUGCUACAAAGCUAAGGAUAUUCAACUUUCAAGCAACAAACUCUUCGGGAAAGUACCAUCUUUUGAAAGUUUGAGUAAACUUCAAAUGUUGAACAUUCAAUUUAAUCGCCUCGGAAGUGGGGGAUCUGGUGACUUGAAAUUCCUUUGCUCAUUAACCAAUAUCACUAGCUUACUUGUCUCAAGUGUUGCUGGUAAUAGAUUCGGUGGGCUAUUGCCGAGAUGCAUUGGUAAUUUCUCCAUUGCUAUCAAAGAAUUAUAUUUCGGAGGAAAUCUUAUCAUUGGGGAGAUUCCUAGAGAAAUCGGCAAUCUUGUGAACUUGGAGAUCUUGGCAAUGGAAUACAACAGUUUUUCAGGUGCUAUCCUGAUUGAUUUGGGUAAUCUUCAAAAUCUAGCAAUUUUGAGUCUCUCCUAUAACAAUCUAUCUGGGGUAAUUCCAUCAUCUUUGCAGAAGAUGAAGCGAUUGAUUAAAUUACUUCUUCCCGGGAAUCAAUUUCACGGACACAUACCUUCACAUCUAGAUAAUUGUAGUCUAAUGGAGCUCGAUCUUUCUCACAACAAUCUCAGUGGUUCCAUAUUCCCGGCGAUUAAAAGUCUCAUUUAUUUAGAUUUGUCUAACAACCAUUUGAGCGGGGCCCUUCCGGUGGAAGUGGGGCAAAUUGGCCAUUUAGAUACUUUGAACAUCUCAGGCAAUAUGUUUAGUGGUGAAAUUCCAAGCACUCUAGGCGAUUGUAAUGCAUUGGUAGUAUUAGUAAUGAAGGAUAAUCACUUCCAAGGAUCCAUUCCUCAAUCAAUUAGCUCAUUAAGAAGUAUUGAGGAAUUGGAUCUUUCGAAUAACAAUCUCUCAAGUGAGAUUCCGAAGUUCUUAGCGGCAUUCGAUUUCUUGAAAUUUCUAAAUUUAUCCUAUAACAAUUUUGAAGGCAUGUUACCAACCGAAGGAGUCUUCAAGAAUGCGAGUGCCACUUUUAUUGCUGGAAACAACAAGAUAUGUGGAGGAAUCCCAGAAUUUCGGCGACCUAAAUGCGUCUCCGGACACUCCAAGGGCAAAGGAGUAGUUCAUAAAUUGAAAUUCUUGCUCUCUAUUAUUUUUGGGCUUCUUGGGGUGCUUCUUGUUCUCAUUUUUGUGUAUGUAUGUUGGCUGAAGAAGAAGAAAGCACAAGAACCAACUUCAAGUUCCAUAGCUGAGAGCUGGCCAAACUUAUCUUAUGGAACUCUUCUCAAAGCAACUAAUGGUUUUUCUUCAACUAAUUUGAUCGGUGUUGGUAGUUUUGGAUCCGUUUACCAGGGAAUACUCCAGGAGAGUGGGACUAAUGUUGCCGUGAAGGUGCUUAAUUUAAUGCGCCAUGGCGCUUUCAAGAGCUUCAAAUCUGAGUGUGAGGCCCUAAAGUGUAUCAAACACCGAAAUCUUUUGAAGAUACUAACAGUAUGCUCAGGUAUUGAUUAUAACGGAUAUGACUUUAAGGCUUUUGUCUAUGAGUUCAUGGUGAAUGGUAGCCUCAAAGAGUGGUUGCACCCAUGUCCAAUACCAGCUGAUGUGGAUGGGCCCUUAAAAAUUUUGAAUCUCAUUCAAAGGAUAAAGAUUACCAUCGACAUUGCUUUUGCAUUGGAAUAUCUUCAUAACCAAUGCCACAACACCAUAGUUCAUUGUGAUCUAAAGCCAAGCAAUGUCCUUUUAGACGUAGAGAUGGUUGGACAUGUUGGUGACUUUGGAUUGGCAAAAUUCAUCCUUGAACCCACUUCUUACACGAACACAAAUAUAAGCUCAGCUGGUUUGAGAGGAACAAUUGGUUAUGCUGCUCCAGAAUAUGGAAUGGGAAGUGGGGUUUCCAUUGAAGGGGAUGUCUAUAGUUAUGGCAUCCUCAUGCUAGAAAUGUUCACAGGAAUUAGUCCGACAGCUGAGAUAUUCAAAGAAAAUUUCAACCUUCAUAAUUUUGUCGAGGAAGCUUUACCUAAACGAGUCCUAGCGAUUACUGAUCCCAUUCUAGUUCAAGAAGUAGAGAGCAAUGCAGGCCAAAGCAGAAAGAGUACAAUCCAAAAUUGUCUGCUGAUGAUCUACAAAAUUGGGAUUGCCUGCUCAGUUGGAGUCCCAAGAGAUCGAAUGAGCAUCACAGAUGUGACAGCUCAACUAUGUUCGAUUAGGGACAGACUUUACGCAGCUGGCUUAGGAGGAUAGGAGUUAUACUAAAGCAGUAAGUUUUUUUAGUACAUCCUGCAAAUCAUGCCAAACUGAACCAGUUAUGCAUUGACAAGCACCUGACAUUACGCAUUUUUUUCUUUUUUCAUAUCUGGAUAAACUCAAUUAUCUGGUAAUGCGAAGAUGGAGCCAUGAAAGUAAUAAAAUCAUCAUGCAGAACCAAAGUGGCUUGGAAAAAUAGUGGAGCCAUCCGAUGAACCAAAGUGGCUUGGAACCACUAUGGCAUAUGGGAACCUUUAGUUAACUCGAAUUCAAUGACAAUGUCUUCGUCCUCCGGGAGGUAGGGAGACGUGGCAGAAGGUCUUCAUCUCUGAUGCAAAUGUGGGACAACUGCUUCUCUAACGUGCUGUGAGGUUGGUGAAUGUUCUGAUGUAGACUAUGAAUAGUUUAGACCGUGAAGAACAUAGGUGUGUUUCAUUAUUCCUUUAAGACGAAAGUUGGCAUGAGAGAGGAGAACGAAGUAUUAGGAAUGAUGCCGUCAUCCAUACAGCUGUACUGUAUAUCCGGAUUAUUGAAAAGAAAAGGCUUACAGGCAAGCCAGUAUAUGUCUCUAAAAGUUAUCUGAACGAUACAUUUAUCCUUUUCUAUCUUUUAUGCUAGUUAAAUAGUUCAAUUAUCUAUUAAUACGAGUAGAC